GCCCACGGCCCACGUGGAACUCUGCUCUAAUGAUUCCUUUUGGCUCUUCGCCGCUUGCGCCGCCGCCUCUUAUGUCACCACCUCGACGCGGUCGAGAUGGCGGCCGUAUCCUCCGCCCGCCAGUGCUGGAGCUCUCUCCUUCUCCUGAGCCGCCAUCUCCCGAGUUGAUACCCAAGGAUGCCGUCCCCUACCAGUACGAGGCCUGCCCCCUCUGUAACAAGGUUAAAGGAAACUUUAGCACUGCGGAGAGAUUCACAGCAAAAUAUACUGGAGUUGCAAUCAUGCUCAUGGUGUCCAAGAAGCUGAAGAAGCAUAUAACAUCACCUGCUCUACAUGAAGCUGCACAAACAUGGACCACAGCUCUCGAUGGCAGAGUUUUCGUCAUGUUCGCAUCAGGUGGUUCAAAGACUAAUUUAGCCAACCUUGCUGUCUUUGGUGUUCUGAGACCGAUACUUCCCUGAAGGCCGGCAAGACAUGGUGGAGAACACUCAAAUUGGUGAUCGGUACCAGAGGAUCGAAAUGGCUGUUGAAGAGUCUACAAGGAAAGCACUGAGACGAGAGGAAAAGAAUGGUAGAGAUUACAGAAAAAGAAAAACUCGAAUUAACACAAUCACAUACUUUCGACAUAACAUGAACGAUCUACUAAAAAGGGGGAAAAAAAAGGGGGAAAAGAAUAAAUAUAUUCAUAAAAAUCACAAGAACAA